GGGAGUCUCAAAGUUUGUCUGGAACACUAGUGGGGAGUGGGCUUGUUGCGGGAGGACUUUCUUGGGAUGAAAGCUGCCUUCUUGCCUUCCUUUUGGAUGCACAGCCCGAUUUAACCCCUGCACUUCCCGCCCGAUCCCAGCAGUUUUGUCCUCCCCGGGGAUUCACAGAUCUCCGAGGACACGGGUCGUGGAGCCUUCGGCAGGGCUCUCGCGGGUUCCUGCUCCAGUGCAUAAGUUCCACUCGCGCACACGCAAGUACCCGCGGAGAGAGGCGUCUCACCCGCCCGCGGCGGCUCUGCGUGGUCCCUUCCUGCCUCAGCAUCCUCGGCCCUGCGCGGUGCCCACCGCCAUGGAGGUGCUGGAGAGCGGGGAGCAGAGUGUCCUGCAGUGGGACCGCAAGCUGAGCGAGCUGUCAGAACCCGGAGAGACUGAGGCUCUCAUGUACCACACGCACUUCUCAGAGCUCCUGGAUGAGUUUUCCCAGAACGUCUUGGGUCAGCUCCUGAAUGACCCUUUCCUCUCAGAGAAGAGCGUGUCCAUGGAGGUGGAGCCAUCUCCCACAUCACCAGCACCUCUCAUCCAGGCUGAACACAGCUACUCUCUGAGCGAGGAGCCCCGGGCUCAGUCACCAUUUACCCACGUGGCUGCCAGCGAUGGCUUCAAUGACGAGGAGGUGGAGAGUGAGAAAUGGUACCUGUCUACAGAGUUUCCUUCAGCUACCAUCAAGACAGAGCCCAUCACAGAGGAGCAGCCCCCAGGACUUGUCCCUUCUGUCACUCUGACCAUCACAGCCAUUUCCACUCCGUUUGAAAAAGAAGAGUCCCCUCUGGAUAUGAGUGCUGGGGGAGACUCCUCAUGCCAGACACUUAUUCCUAAGAUUAAGCUGGAGCCGCAUGAAGUGGAUCAAUUCUUAAACUUCUCUCCGAAAGAGGCCUCCGUGGACCAGCUGCACUUACCACCCACACCACCCAGUAGUCACAGCAGUGACUCUGAGGGCAGCUUGAGCCCCAACCCACGUCUGCAUCCCUUCAGCCUCUCUCAGGCCCACAGCCCCGGCAGAGCCAUGCCCCGGGGCCCCUCUGCCUUGUCCACAUCUCCUCUCCUCACAGCUCCACAUAAACUGCAGGGGUCGGGCCCACUGGUCCUGACAGAGGAAGAGAAGAGGACCUUGAUUGCCGAGGGCUAUCCCAUUCCAACCAAACUGCCCCUGACAAAAUCUGAGGAGAAGGCCCUGAAGAAAAUCCGGAGAAAGAUCAAGAAUAAGAUUUCUGCCCAAGAAAGCAGGAGGAAGAAGAAAGAAUACAUGGAUAGCUUGGAGAAAAAAGUGGAGUCUUGUUCAACCGAGAACUUGGAGCUUCGGAAGAAGGUGGAGGUGCUGGAGAACACCAACAGGACUCUCCUUCAGCAACUUCAGAAGCUUCAGACUUUGGUGAUGGGGAAGGUCUCUCGAACCUGCAAGUUAGCUGGUACACAGACUGGCACCUGCCUCAUGGUCGUUGUGCUUUGCUUUGCGGUUGCAUUUGGCAGCCUCUUUCAAGGCUACGGGCUGUAUCCUUCUGCCACCAAGAUGGCUCUGCCCAGCCAGCACCCCCUGUCGGAGCCAUACACAGCCUCCGUGGUGAGAUCCAGGAACCUGCUAAUCUAUGAGGAACACUCUUCCCUGGAAGAGUCGUCCAGCCCAGCCUCGGCUGGAGAGCUCGGGGGCUGGGACAGAGGCUCCUCUCUGCUCAGGGCGUCGUCCGGGUUGGAGGCCCUGCCCGAGGUGGAUCUUCCCCAUUUCAUUAUCUCCAAGGAGACCAGCUUGGAGAAGUCAGUGCUGUUGGAGCUUCAGCAGCACCUGGUCAGCAGCAAACUAGAGGGGAACGAAACACUCAAGGUUGUAGAACUGGAGAGGAGAGUGAACGCCACCUUCUGAGGAGAUCUCCACCCUCCUCUUCUCCUAGCUCCAUUUGUGCAUCCCCAGCCUGCCCUGCUCUUAAGUGCCCCCUUCACCACUGGAUCUCGAGGAGAAUGUGGACUUAGUGUUAUGGCUUGAGAGGAGAGGCCAGACCAGGGGUUUCUGCUUGUAUGUCCCCGUGGCUCUCCACAAAAGGGAGCUAGUACCUCUCCAUCCCUUUCUCUUACUGCCAUUGGAAAUUAUUGUAGGGGUGAGGUAGGGGUGGGAUGAGCAGGCUUGUUUCCACCAAUGGUGCCAAGAAGACAGUGCCUGAUUCUUCCCUGUGAGGAGCAACUCCUGAAGGAGACGUGACGCAUGCUCAGUUGAGACCCCAGACACUAGCCACAAACACGCCAGGGAGAGACAAGGCACUGACUCCUGAGCUCCCUUGCUCCCUAGGACUCCAGUGUGACCCUUGCCUGCACUGUCAUUUCAGUCUCCUCUCCACCCUGCACCCCGGAGUCCUUAUUGAAUGCCUGCACAGGCAGACGGGACUCCCACCACAUUUUCAGGCCGCAAGUGCAAUUCCUGAAGGCGUCAGGCUCUUCUCCUCUAGGCUACCCUGCCCACCGUGUUGCUUGUAGGAUAUCCCACACCCACCCAUGCACAGCCUGCAUCCCCACAGGACAGUGGCUCUGUCUCCCUGGCCUCCCCUCCCCAUUUGUAAAUAGUAUUUAUUAGCUUGCCGAACAGCUCCCAGCUGACCGUAGGAAAAAGAGUUCCCCUUCCAACCAGCAAAGACUUCUAUUGGCCUUUGGAACAGGAGAGCCCCCAGGACCUGGGACCCCAGCCUUUGUAACUGAUGCCUUGUUUCCUCCUUUUCUUUUUUAGAAUUGGGGACCUAUAAAUUAAUUGCUAUUGGGGAAUCCCCUUAGGCACGUGUCCCCUGUUGGAUAAAUACAUGAGAACGGUAGAAUACUGUCUUCUUGCUUGGGCUCUGGGCUCUAUGGCUUUCUCUCUGUGUCCUGUGACACAGAAGGGAAGCCCUGUCCUGGACAAUAAGCACUGCUGACAACCUUGCUAGCUUGUCCUGCACACCCACUUGCCCCGCUCCCUCACCUUCCUCCUUCCCUCUGCCCUCCAUGCACCCGCCUUAACUAAUCGGGGCUGGAGUUGGUACCUUUCGUACAUCCACAGUGGUACCUUUUACAGUCAGGUUUGGAAACUUUGCAGCUCACCCAAAGAGACAUAACCAAACCCCAAACUCAUUUUCUUUUUAUGAUUAAAAAGUAGAAAUUGUAGUUAAAAAGACAACUCCUUUCCUCUUUUAUACAAAUAAGAAAUGGAAAUUACUCUUUUAUUGUAUGAGGCAGAAGAUUCUUUUAAAGUGUUCCCCCCACCUCCACCCUAGCUUGUAAAAGAUUUUAUGUAAGAAAUGUGCUUACACUUUGUAUUUUAUUUUUAGCAGCAGCUAAAAGGUCUGUAGUUUUGGCCUCUCUCUCUCUCUCUCUCUCUCUCUCUCUCUCACAUCAUCAUCAUCAUCAUCAUCUUUGAAAUAUUAGAGCCUGUAUGAAGGGGAUGAUUAUGGCCCUGCAUUCUAUGUCACAUAUGUCAUUAGUGUUUGCCAUCAUGCCCUAUGAGCAGCUCAUGGCAUCACAGGGAAUGCUCCCUCCCUCCCUCCCUCCCUCCCUCCCUCCCUCCCUCCCUCCCUCCCUCCCUCCCUUCCUCCUUCCCAUGGUGGGUUCCCAGCUGGCAGAUGGCCAAGCUCACUUUGUAAUCUGUGAAACCUGCCUCAAGGCCACUGUGAUCCCAGCAGCCCUCCUGCCUAAGAGGCUGUCACCUUCCCUUACAUGGAAGGCUCAGAAGCAUGGGUUAUACUAAGAGGGUGGCCAGUGACCUACUCCUCCUCUUUUGCCUUUUUGUCUUCUCUCUCCCCGUGAUCUUGCUGGGCCUGGCCCAUUCAUGAGGCCAGUUAUACGUCAUAAACUUACAAAAUGCCGGGGAGAGCCUAAGCAGGGAAAAUCUUAGGGUUAGGGAGUGUUUGUAUGACGAAAGGAAGGGUUUGCCGAGAGGAAGAGUUUGCCGUAAAGAGCGGAAAUGGGGUUUUAGACUGAUACGUGCAUUUGCUGAGCUGAACCUUGGGUUUGUGAUGUGCCUGGAGAGCUGGGUUGAGACACCAUCUAUGGAGGAGGAGGAAGAGGGGGAGGGGGAGGAGGAGGAAGAGGGGGAGGAGGAGAUGUCUAGCCACAUCCUUAGUUCUCUGAGGACUUUAUUUUCUUCUCUACCUACUCCUUUGGGUGUCACUGUCUCCAGACAGCAGGGCUCUUUGUCUCUGGGAAAUUAACCUUCCAGAAUAGAAUCUGUAACAAGAGAAGUGGGACACAAGCCAGAGAACUCAAACAACCCUUUAAAGGAGCGCUCAGCAACCAACACUGCCACUCUAAGAGAAGAACCCCUGCCCUUUUACUCCUGGCUCGGCAAGUGAAGGGAACCAAGCCAGUGAUCUCUCUGGGAUGCUCAGUGGAGUCCAGGGACCCAGCAGAGUUGCAUGAGACAAGACGAUUACGAGUAGUUAGUGGAUGUGUGUGUGCUCACUUUCUGUUCCAAGUUUAAGGCUAGGAUAUUGCUCUUCCCCACCAACUGAGCUGUCCUGCAGACCAGUCAACACCUUACGGUUCUGUCUGAAGGUUGUAAACAGUGGUACACCCAACAGCUUGGACUGAAGCUUUGAGAAUUUUUGAAGAAGGCUGCUCGACCUAGAGAAAGCCAGAACAAAUCCGGCUGGUUGUGUUUUCUACCUUAUAAACAGGUCCUACCAUUUAAAAUCACUUCAGUGAUGGAGAUGUCUCCCAAAGAUUUAGAGAACAAGGCUUUUUUUUCCCCCAGUCGCCCCUCCUGGAUCUUUUCACAGCUCCCAGCUUCACAUUGGGAAGAGGACCUUGUAAACGGGGGAGUCACAACCAGCAUGGAGGAAGAGCCCCUGAAGUGUCAGGACUGCAGUGUGUCUCAUGCAAAGAGAGUGCUCUAUAAAAAUCUGACAGCUGAACUCAGUUGCUCUUUCCUGGCAGAAAGUGGGGGUGGGAUCUAACAUCAGUGCAGGCAAAAUUAGAUAACCAUUCGUCUCAUAGAAAUGAUUCUGUGCCUUGGGAAUACAGAUUUGGGGCCGCAUUACUUACAAACUACACUCACCAGGUUAAUAGAUACCCCCUAAGCACCAGCCCCCCCCCCAAGUCCCUACGAGCAUUGUCCACACACAGCAGGGAUAUCGACGGCUUCCUCUUCAUGCCAUACAGAUUCCCUCCGUGCCCAUCUUUUGUAACCACAGGUCUUGUUAAAAUUCCUUGCAGCACUUCAUGUCCUCUCAUGUCCCAUGUGCUCAGGCCCAGAAGAAGCAAAACAGAAUUCUGAGGGCCUCUGAGUCAGCUCCUGUGCCUUGUGAGGUGUAUACGUGAGCCCCCACGGAGAAAUGGAGACAUCUUGUCCCCACCUGAGGAGUGGACAUCUGCCUGGUCCUUGCCAACAUGGAGGCGGAAAUGGGAGAAAAGGCUUUUAGUUGCUAAUUUGUUUCCGCUGAGCCUAGUGUUUGAGAAACCUGGAUGAGAGCUUGGCACUCCCACUUGCGGCCUGGCAGGACCUGUGGAGCCAUUAGCAGUGGGGGUCUUAGCGAGAACCACUUCAUUAGAACACUUCAGCAGAGGCAGUUAGCAGGGCCCACAGGAUAAGUUCUGCUUCUACCCCACAAAGGCAGUCACAGGAGAGAGUGGAGAGAGCAGUAAGGUGGAGGCUGGAGGGAGCCAGACACAGAUUCUGGUUGGUUCGUUCAUUCAUUCAUUCAUUCAUUCAUUCAUUCAUUCAUUCAUUCACUCCUUAGGUUUUUGCAGUUUUACUGAGUAAGAACAGGUGUCCUGAGGAAAGAGAAUAAGAGGGACUUGGAAAACCAGUUUUAGUAGCCAUUCAGAGGGUCCAAGUACUAUGCUAGGUCUCUCCCCUUUCUCUCCCCGCAACCCCUGGUACUUAUGUCUCCGAUGUGCCUUGUAGCUGAUCCAGGGUGACAGGAAUCUCUGUCCCUGGAAGGUGUCAUAUAUUACUGUCUAGGAUUAGGUUGAAGUUGGGGGUGGGGGCUUUCUCCGUAGACACAAAGGUGGUUUCCCUCAAAGUGAGCCACUAUUAGAUUCGCCCAUCAGGGGAAAAGAAAUGGGGUUAUAUCCAUUAGGAAAAUCCCAUUUCGUAGAUAGAAGUUCAAUCACAUAAAAAUGUGGCCAGGCAGGAUUAAAGGUAUUCUAAAUCCUUACCACAGGGCAUUUUCUUGAUGCAAAGGCACUACUAGCCCAUUUGAAAAUUAACAUUCUGUGUCUCUGGGCCAAGAGGCCAGCAUUGUGCACGAGGAGAAAAACAAUGAGUGCUGUAUGUUACAGCCUAAAACUCGGAGCCGCCAUGCUUUCUGUUGGUUCCUAAAGGGAAGGAAAGCUUUCCUGGGUAUUUUUCUAAGGGGUUGAGGAUUGUGCUGUGUUAGUUUUGGGCCUGUGAACCUGAUUGAAAUGGAAAGCAGGGGUGACUCAUUGCCAGGAGAAGGAAAUGCCAUGGAAGGUACUGUAGUUUCUGGAGUCCUUUCUGAGGACACACAGACCGUCUGGCUCUCUGGGCAGAAACAGAUCUACCCACUGCAGUGACCUGACUGACUGUGCUCAGCUCUUCGCCUCUAUGAAAUGUGCCCUGCCUGUCUGUCUCAUCCUGUCUUCUGAGAGCGUGGUUCACAGACCUUGUGUCUGAGUGAAGGGAACCCAGGUUCAGAUUCCGUUUCUCUGCUUCUGUCUUUUUCUCAGCAGCAGGGUAGGAACAGGCCUUUUGUGCACAUACAACAGAUGAAGCCCAUGAUGAGUCUGUGGGAAACACCAACACUCAUGCACCCUGUGGGUGACCCUCCCUACACAGCGCAGAGCAGAGAGAACCCGGGAGGUGCUGCAGGCUUCACUGAGCUUUCCUUGCCCAGACUGGCAACCGACUUUGCUCUCUUUUGAAAGACUCUAGCUAAAGUCAGCGUUGUUUAAAUCCAAGUGCAUCACAAGUCUGUGACCUGAACUGUCUUAUGGCUGCUGCUGCUGCUGCUGCUGCUGCUUCUUCUUCUUCUUCUUCUUCUUCUUCUUCUUCUUCUUCUUCUUCUUCUUCUUCUUCUUCUUCUUCUUCUUCUUCUUCUUCAUAGCUAAUUAAAUACCAAAAAAUAAAAUAAAAAUAAAAUAAUAAAGCUUUGUAGUAUACUUGUACUUAGUUUGGGGAAAAAAUGAAAUUGUAAUGCAUUUGUAUUUCCAUUUCUUGCAAAUAAAUAUUUUUCUUAGUCAAA